GUCUUUGCAACAAUCAACACAACAAUGUCUUCACAAGAAUACCUCUCCACCCGGGACUCCUCCCCGCCAUAUCUCUCCUUCGAAGACACCGUCCUCCGCGGUCUCGCCCCCGGCGGCGGCCUCUUCAUCCCGGCCGCCAUCCCCACCCUUCCCGCCGAUUUCCUCACGACCUGGAAAGAUCUCUCGUUCGAAGACCUCGCGUUCAACGUCUUCUCGCUCUACAUCUCCGCCGACGAGAUCCCCGCGGCCGACCUCAAGAACCUGAUCGCGGCCAGCUACUCCACCUUCCGCUCCGACACCGUCACCCCGCUCGUCCCGCUCGACAAGGCCCGCAAGCUCUACCUGCUCGAGCUCUUCCACGGCCCCACCUACGCGUUCAAAGACGUCGCGCUCCAGUUCGUCGGAAACCUGUUUGAGUACUUCCUCACCCGCCGCAACGCCGGCAAAGACCCCAAAGACCCCGCCCGCGAGCGCUUGACCGUCGUCGGCGCCACCAGCGGCGACACCGGCUCCGCUGCAAUCUACGGCCUCCGCAACAAAACCGACGUCUCGAUCUUCAUCCUCCACCCGCAGGGCAAGGUCUCGCCCGUGCAGGAGCUCCAGAUGACGACCGUCACCGACCCGAACGUGCACAACCUCGCCGUCAAGGGCAACUUCGACGACUGCCAGGACAUUGUCAAGUCGCUCUUUGACGACAAGCAGUUCAACGACAAGCACCACCUCGGCGCCGUCAACUCCAUCAACUGGGCCCGCAUCCUCGCCCAGAUCACGUACUACUUCCACUCCUACUUCUCCCUCCUCAGACUCUCCUCCGGCGCAGACAAGCCAACCGUCAAGUACGUCGUCCCCACCGGCAACUUUGGCGACAUCCUCGCCGGCUUCUACGCCAAGCGCAUGGGUCUCCCCAUCGCCAAACUCGUCGUCGCCACAAACUCAAACGACAUCCUCGACCGAUUCUGGAAGUCGGGCGUGUACGAGAAAAACCCCGCCGCCGCCACCUCAGGCGAGGAGGCAGUCAAAGAAACCCUCUCGCCCGCAAUGGACAUCCUCAUCUCCUCAAACUUCGAGCGUCUGCUCUGGUACCUCGCCCGCGAAAACCUCGCGGCCACACCGAUCGAGGCCGGCCAGAUCCUGCAGUCCUGGAUGGUCGAGCUCAAGACGACCGGCAAAGUCGCCGUCCCGCGCCCGGUCCUCGCCGCCGGCCUCGCAGAGUUCUCAAGCGAAGCCGUCUCCGACGCGCAGACCGUCGACACCAUCAAAUCCGUCUACUCCUCUUCUCAAAAAUACGUGCUCGACCCGCACACCGCCGUCGGCGUCACCGCCAGCCUGCGCAACAUCGCCGCCGACCCUUCGGCGUACUACAUCUCGCUCUCGACCGCACACCCUGCCAAGUUCGGCGACGCGGUCGACCGCGCGCUGGCGGGCGUCGACGACGUAUACUCGUUCGACAAGGUCUUGCCUGAGGACUUUAAGAAGCUCGAGUCGCUGCCGAAGAACGUCACUUUGGUUGAUAAGCCGGAUCGGGAGUUGGUUAAGGCUGAGAUCGAAAAGGCGUUGAAGGAGGAGGGUGUUGUGUUUUAGGCAUAGACCUCUGUAUCUACCUAUUGUAUUUACAAUCUCAAAAGUCACUUCUGCCCUUAAUAUUACAGU